CACCACUGAACGGUUUCGUCUUAAUUCCAAUUCCAAAGCCAAACCCCCAGAAAGAACAAAGAUUGCAUCAAGAAAUUUAGAAGAACGUCAAAUUAAGUAUUAAUUAUUAUGGGAGGAAAUAUGCCAGGGUGUCCAUGUCCUUCAGCUACAGUUUCUGCUAAAAAGCAUGCAAUCAAUUAACUGAAGAGGAAAUAUGGUGGGUGUCAACGAAUUCUUUAAUUCAUUCAUAUAAAAUCAUAUAUUUCAUUUCUCUGUGAGAAUCACUGGUAGUAAUCAAGAAGCUGUUACAAUGGUUAGAAGUCCUCGAUCUUCCAUAGAUGGGUUGAAUAAAGGAGCUUGGACUGCUGCAGAAGACAAGAUUUUAACAGAUUAUAUCAAGAUCCAUGGAGAAGGCAAAUGGAGCAAUGUUGCUAAAGAAACAGGGCUGAAGAGAUGUGGAAAGAGUUGCAGGCUUCGAUGGUUGAACUACCUGAGACCAGAUAUAAAGCGAGGGAACAUUUCACACGAUGAAGAAGAGCUCAUCAUUCGCCUGCAUAAACUCUUAGGCAAUAGGUGGUCUCUGAUCGCAGGCAGACUUCCUGGAAGAACAGACAAUGAAAUAAAGAAUUACUGGAACACCAACCUAGCUAAGAGAGUUAGAUUUGAGCUCCCAUCUUCAUCAACAGCGCCAGCUGCUGCAGGACGCCCUGCGUUUGUUGCAGCAGGAGAUGUUAAUGAUGAAGAAGAUAACAAAGAACCCAUUAAUGAAGUUGAGCUACCAGUUUCACAUUGCAUGGAAGGCAACUGGGCUAGGAUUGAUGAAAAUGAAACCGAUCCUUAUAACUGCUCAAGUGACUUGUCUCCGCCAUCAUCAAUGUCUAGAGAAGAAGACAACAAUAAUAAUUCUGGAGAUUUUAUGAUGUGGGAUUUUAACGUGGAGGACUUUUGUAAGAUUCUUGACUCAGAGGAAGCUUCAAAAUUUCCCGAGAAAAUAUCGGAGGAAAAUUGGAGAGGAGAUCAAAGUGAUACAACUACAACCACAACUGUAGAUCAAGAUCAAUUCUUAUUGUUAGCUUCUUCUUUUCUUGAAUCAGCUGAAGAAUGGCCAGGAGAUGAUCCUAGCAAUAAUAUUAUUAAUUUUCAUAAUUAAUCCUGAGGAAUAUGAAAUUCAAAAACGCGUGUAUUAGUUAUAUUAUCUUCCUCUUUUUCAUAUUCUUUAUCUUUUGUUUCCAGUCA